UCCAUUCGAGGACAUAUAGUUGAAGAGAUGGCCACAAGUCCUCUUCCAGGACCCAAUGACAUCCUGCUGGCUUCUCCAUCCAGCGCAUACCAGCCUGAUCCCUUGAGCCAGCCACGGCCGGGCCAUGCCAACAUGAAGCCCAACCAGGUGGGCCAAGUAAUUCUCUACGGGAUCCCCAUAGUGUCAUUGGUGAUUGACGGGCAGGAGAGGCUAUGUUUGGCCCAGAUCUCCAACACUCUAUUGAAGAACUUCAGCUAUAACGAGAUCCAUAACCGGCGGGUGGCCCUGGGCAUCACUUGCGUGCAAUGCACUCCAGUGCAAUUGGAGAUUCUGCGCCGGGCAGGAGCUAUGCCCAUCUCUUCUCGGCGAUGCGGCAUGAUCACCAAAAGGGAAGCUGAGCGCCUUUGCAAGUCUUUCCUGGGGGAAAACCGGCCUCCUAAACUGCCUGAUAACUUUGCCUUCGACGUAUCCCAUGAGUGCGCUUGGGGCUGCAGGGGCAGCUUCAUCCCCGCGCGUUACAACAGUUCCCGGGCCAAGUGCAUCAAGUGCAGUUAUUGCAACAUGUACUUUUCGCCCAAUAAGUUCAUCUUCCACUCUCAUCGAACUCCAGAGGCUAAGUACACGCAGCCCGACGCCGCUAACUUCAACUCUUGGAGACGCCAUCUCAAGCUCACCGAUAAGAGCCCUCAAGACGAGCUGGUCUUCGCCUGGGAGGACGUCAAGGCCAUGUUCAAUGGGGGUAGCCGCAAGAGGGCCUUGCCCCAGCCCGGCUCGCACCCGGCUUGCCAUCCUCUCAGCUCGGUCAAGGCUGCAGCGGCAGCGGCGGCAGCGGCGGCGGCAGUGGCGGGAGGCGGAGGGCUACUGGGGCCACACCUGCUCGGGGCACCGCCCCCACCUCCGCCGCCGCCUCCGCUAGCCGAACUGGCUGGAGGCCCGCACUCGCACCACAAGAGGCCCCGCUUCGACGACGACGAGGACUCCCUACAGGAGGCCGCAGUGGUAGCCGCCGCCAGCCUCUCAGCCGCUGCCGCCAGCCUCUCGGCCGCAGCUGCUGCAGGCAGUGCCGGAGUCGGCGUGGCCGGCGGAGGAGGAGGCGGAGCGGGAGGUGGUGGAGUAGGGAGCGUUGGGACCGGAGGAGCCGGGGGACCCGGGGGAGGCAGCAAAGGCCCCCGCAGCUAUCCUGUCAUUCCCGUGCCCAGUAAAGGUUCCUUCGGGGGAGUCCUGCAAAAGUUUCCUGGCUGCGGGGGCCUCUUCCCACACCCGUACACCUUCCCAGCGGCUGCCGCCUUCGGCCUAUGUCACAAGAAGGAGGACGGGGCAGCUGGGGCUGAGGCCCUGGGUGGAGGCGGAGGUGGGGCGGGCGGAGGUGCUGGUGGGGCCCAGAAAGCAGGGCUAUCGGGGCUUUUCUGGCCUGCGGGUCGCAAGGACGCCUUUUACCCGCCUUUCUGCAUGUUCUGGCCACCCCGGACCCCCGGCGGGCUUCCUGUGCCCACCUAUCUACAGCCCCCUCCCCAGCCCCCGACUGCUCUCAGCUGCGCCUUGGGUGACAGCCCGGCCUUGCUGCGCCAGGCCUUCCUGGACUUGGCCGAACCAGGCGGUGGCGGAGGGGGAGGAGGGGGAGGAGGUGCGGGAGGAGGAGGCGGUGGCAAUGGAGGCUCAAGUUCAGAAGCCCCUCCAGCUCCGGGGCAGCCACAGCCACCCGCGGGUGCUAACGGCGCAAGCUCCGGGCAGCCACCUCAGCCGUCGGGGGGAGCAGGCACGCGCGAACCUCUCUUCGAGUCGCCCUCGGGCAGUGGCGACUGCAGCGCGGGCUCCACACCUCCGGCAGAAGGAGCCGGAGGAGCUGGAGUGAGCGGAGGAACUGGGGGCAGUCGAGUGCCAGCACCUCACCAUGCUCAUCUUCUUGAAGGCCCAGGAGGCCGUAAGGCUGCUGGAGGAACGGGCAGCGGCAGCAGCGGCGGGUACCACCACUCCAGCGCCUUUCGACCAGUUGGGGGCAAGGACGACUCUGAGAGCUUGGCCAAGCUUCAUGGGGCUUCGGCUGGCGCGAGCGGGCAGCAUCAUCCGCAUCCGCCUCACCAUCACCAUCACCAUCACCACCAUCCGCACCAUCACCACCACCAUCACCACCACCAUCACCACCCGCAGCCGCCCUCCCCGUUACUGCUCCUGCAGCAACCCGAAGAGCCGGGCCCGGAGCGCCACCAUCCGGCCCCUCCGCCUCCACCUCCUCCCCCUCCACCUCCUCCUCCGCCCCCCCCACCGCCUCCACCUCAGCCCCACCACCGCCUCCUGUCCCCCGGGGGCACCAGCUGCAGCUACCCCAGUGAGGACAGCAGCGAGGACGAGGAUGACGAAGAAGAGGAGCAGGAGGUGGACGUGGAGGGCCACAAGCCUCCCGAAGGAGAGGAGGAUGAAGAAGAAGAAGGCCGGGACCCCGAGGAGGAUGACGAGGAGGAAGAGGGAGGAGGGGUGAUGCUUGGGGACCCCUUAGUUGGAGGCAGCCGUUACCUCCAAGGCCGAGGGCUAACGGAGAAAGGAGGCAGCCGCGACCGGCCAGCUGGCUCCUUCCCCCUAGUCCUUAACACCUCCAGGCUACAGCAGGAGGAAGAGAAACUAGGAGACCACGGCAGUCCAGAUCUGCAUCCUCCUCCUCCUCCACUUCCUCCUCCCCUUGCUGCUCAGAAAGGAGGAAGCGGCAGCAGUAGCAGCAGUGGAGGCAGCAGCCCCAGCAGCCCAGUCCACCAUCCAUCACUGGAGGAGCAGCCCUCCUACAAAGAUAAUCAGAAAACUAAAGAAGGUAACCCAGUAAUUUUACCUACAAAAGAAGACACCUUUUCAGAUAAGAACAAGGAGCAUAAUUUUUUCAUCACAGAUUCAGAGCCUUCAGGAGGAGAUUUCUGGAGAGAAAGAGCAGGUGAACACACACAAGAAACCAAUUCACCGCAUUCACUCAAAAAGGAUGUAGAAAAUAUGGGAAAAGAAGAACUUCAGAAGGUUUUGUUUGAACAAAUAGACUUACGGAGGCGACUAGAACAAGAAUUCCAAGUGUUAAAAGGAAAUGCAUCUUUUCCAGUGUUCAAUAAUUUUCAGGACCAGAUGAAAAGAGAACUAGCAUAUCGAGAAGAAAUGGUACAACAAUUACAAAUUAUCCCCUAUGCAGCCAGCUUGAUCAGGAAAGAGAAGCUUGGAACGCAUCUCAGCAAGAGCUAA